AUGCUACCCAACCAUGAAGUUGGGAGGCUCUUGAGAGUGUUUCUGAAAGCAUUGGCUCGACAUGCUGCUUUCUCGCUACGACUCAUACGUCAUUUGUUUCAUACCCUUCUGCGGCUAUAUUCUCGUAUCACGUCCAGGCGCCAAUUCCUACCAAUUCAAAGAGACGGACGCCUAGAGCGAGUUGCCGCCUCAAGCCAGCCCGUCCUUCCUGUAAGCCACAAUCAGCUACAGAUGCCGCAACCAGGAUCCGCGACCAAUUCAUACAUCUCACUAUUGCCAGUCCACACCCCUCCGACAUCAGCUAAUCAUCCUACAGCACCCGUCCUCCCCCAGCCUUGCCCGUUGGAGUUCAGGCCGUUCUUACCCUCCCAGGUGAUGAGAUACAAUAAAGGCCCUACAAUCAAGCACGAAGUCAAAGUUCUGAAUAUUCCUGCUGUAAAGAGAGACUAUGAGGAUUCACAAAACAGUGGCGACUGGUAUGCCCGCGUACACCCUGAAGGAGCGCUCUACUUUCAUGACACCGUGCGCGGUAUUUACACCGACUCAUCCAUGGGGAAAAAAAACCUCCGGUCUACAAUGGACACGUGUUUAAAUGAGCUACUCGUUCGUAUGCCGUGUGGAUUGCACCUGAGCAGCGGUGGUAUUGAGCUCGUGAUGGAAUUGACACGGAGUAAGAAUAAUGUUAGGAUAUGCAGGUACUACUUCGUCGAUCAUUACAAACGUCUGCUUUUCUGGCUUGAUGAGAUAUCGACGGAACGGAUCUUUGAUGGAAUCCAGGGUGUCGAGAAGUGGAGCCAUAUCAAGUAUGCCAUCGAACAUCAGUACUGGCAAGUCUGCCAUUGUGUGUACUCAUUGUCCGGUUGUGGAAUUCUUCUGACAACGCAACACUGCGAGCUGUAUCCCAGUGCCAAGCUGCCACACACUCUGAAGCUCAAGGAACUCAAGGAACUUGUUGUGCAUGCUAGUGCUGAGAUUAUUACGACCGACCUAUCACUGUCGCCCUUCGAUGGCGAUGAAUUAUCGAACAUUCUGAGUUUAAUUGACCGCGUCGAGGGCGCCCAUUCUAUAUGUGUCAUAGUCAGAUUUAUGCGCUAUUUCACGCGAGCCCAAUUUUUUAAUUUUUACGGACUCUCUGAAGCCCGUUUAAACGCGGACCAGUCUGUUUUUGUAAAGGAGAAGUCGUCGUCGUUGAUAGCAGCUCUUUCAUGGGCCUUGAACGCCGCAAUGUUCGAUGCCCCGCGGUCGCACAUGGAAGAACUCCGGCGAGUGUGGGUCGACCGCAGCAUCAACACUCCGCGCUGGAAGAACUUUAACAGCAAGCUAAGCAGUGAAUGGUCGGGCAUCACGAUGUAUUCAACUGUGAUGCUAGCAGUGGACGUCAGCUUCCUGGCUGUGCCUUCCGUCAAUCUCCAGAAUGCGGGUUCGGUCACCGUCAUCAGCACAUACAUUUCCUUGUUCUGCGUCGUCGGAUCGUUGGUCGUGUCCUUUUUUCUCACCAGACAGAAUCGGGUGUAUGGACAGGAAUCCGCUGACACGGCGGUCGAUUUUCUCAUGCAGAUGACAGGAUCUGCAUUUGGCACAAAAGCUCUCGCGACUGUGCAUGGCCUUCCGUAUGCUAUGCUGCUGUGGGGCAUGGUGUAUUUCAUGCUUGCGCUGUCUUACCAGGUCUUCACGUCCACGCCCAUCGUCACCCUCGCGACUACUGGCAGUGCAUGUGGUAUCGUGGCGCUUUUCACACUGUGGCUCGUAAGCGCGGCAAGAGAUUUCCACCUUUUGACGUGGUUGCUGGCGAGGCUUAAGGCUUGGAAAGAAAAAUCUUAG